AUGCUCACUGAUCAACUGGCGAUCCGCAAAGGAUCUCGCAUCCUCAUCACUGGAGCGAACAGCUAUCUUGGCUCUAACAUUAUCGACCUUCUUUUAGAGCUCGGGUACAACGUUCGUGGAUCUAUUCGCGGGAAAAAGCCUUGGCUCGACCGGCUAUUUGAAGAGAAGUAUGGACAAGGCCGGUUUGAGACCUUGGUAACACCUUCGCUGGGGAAUCCAGGCGCUUUCGAUCACUCAUUGGUGGAUGUAGCUGGCGUUGUGCACGUGGCAUCAGACGUGAGCUUCAAUCCAGACCCGAACAUUGUCGUUACUCCUGUUGUGGCUGUAACCCUGAACGCGCCGCAAGUAGCUUCCAAGUACCCAUCGGUGAAGCGGUUUGUUUUAACUUCUUCGUCAAGUGCUAGGUUGACACCACCCGCAUAUAAAAAGCUCGUGGUAACCGAGGGCACGUGGAAUGACGCGGCUGUUGCAGCAGCUUGGAGCGAGCAUACUCCUCCGGGCCCUGUCACGGUUUAUGCAGCAUCCAAGACGGAGGGCGAGCGCGCGGCUUGGAAAUGGGUUGAGGAGAGCCGGCCAGGCAUCGUUUUCAACGCGGUUCUGCCGAAUUAG